UUCAAUUCACCACCUCUCAUUUUGUUUUUCCCUUUCUCCGUGUGUGUCUUAGUGUCUGAGCGAUGCCAGGAAACCCAGGGCUGGUAUUUGGAGCAUCAAGGCUAGGGGAAGACGGGGAGUUUUACUGAGAGAACAGUGCUUUCACCAGACAAGGAGCUGACUGUUUGGAUGCCACUCACCCAGCUGUUGAAGGAAGACAACACGGCAACUAUAAUUUUUCCAGUGGAGAAGAGUUGCCCUUUGAGUGGCAAGCCAGCUGAAUGUUGCUGCAGGAUGGUUCUGUGACCGGAGCAGGGGUUGGGACUGAUCUUCAGGGACAGGCUUUACUUUUUAGGGAAGGUUUUUGGGAACAUGUUCUAGGGAGAUUUUGGAGACUGUUUUAGGGGCACGUUUAGAUGUCAAAGGUUGGUUUGAAGGCAGAUUUUGAUGUUUUUGCAGUCUCGGGGGCCAGGUUAGGCGGUAUUUAAAGUCGAAGUUUUACGUUUUAGGGUAUUUUGGAGAGAGACUUUGGGGAUUUUGGGCAGUUAUUGGUUAUUAGGGACUGUUGGGGCAGGUUUUCGUGUUUUAUUUGAAGUGGGUGGUGUUAUUUAGGGAGAGUUUUUGUUGAUCAGUGUGACUAAGGGAGGAGAUUCACCGCGGGUUCACUCUUGCUGCUCCGAAGAUGGCGGGGAGUAGCUGCAGCCCCGGGCCCGGCGCCGGGGGCUCGUCGGGCGGCUCGGCGUCGGCCUCCAGUCCCGGGCCCGGGCCUGGGCCUUCCAGCGGCGGCUCGGCCGCCUCCAACCCCCGCAAGUUCAGCGAGAAGAUCGCGCUGCACAACCAGAAGCAGGCCGAGGAAACGGCCGCCUUCGAGGAGGUGAUGAAGGAUCUCAGCGUGUCGCGGGUUCAGUUCCACAAGCUGCACCACUUGCGUUUGGCACAGACUCGGGCACAGUAUUAUGGAGGAUCGCUACCCAAUGUCAAUCAGAUCAGCAACAACACAAAUGACUUUCAGGCAUUGUUGCAUCCGUCUCUGGACUCUACACGAGGAACACGACACCAUGGUUUGGUGGAGAGGGUUCAACGUGAUCGAAGUCACCUGAUGUCUCCUCAUCGCCGUCAGUCUCCGAUGGAUAAACAUGGACGUCAAUUUGACAGUUCUCCAUAUGGAUCAGUUUAUCUUUCGCCACCACCAGACACAAGCUGGAGACGGCGAAUCCCACCCUGGGGCAGUGAGGAGAAACCACCUGGAUUGAGACUGAUCUCGGCACUCAGCAGGACAAACUCUGACUCUGCUCUGCACACCAGCGUUCUGAAUCCCAGUCCACACGAUGCCUUUGUGGGAGGGAGCCAGUCGUUCCCACAGCAAGAUCGGCGGCAUGUGAACUAUUACGAUGAAAUGGACAGUCUGGGUGAAGUCUUUUCAUUCCCGGUUCCAACGGCAGAAGAUAAUCUCUUAAAGCUGAACAAACCUUUACCAAAACAGCUGUGGGAAGCGAGGAAGGUUCAGUCUCUGUCGUUGCGUCCCAAGUCCUGUGAAGUCCCUGGUAUCAGUAUCUAUCCGUCACCGGAUCAGAAUGCCGGGUUGUCGCAUUUCCAAGGGUCACUGAACACAGGAGGCUCUCUGCCCGACCUCACUAAUCUCCACUUCCCAUCGCCUCUGCCGACACCUCUGGACCCCGAGGACAGCUCCUUCCCCAACAUCAGUGGAGGCAGCAGCACCGGCAACCUGGCUGCCACCAUGACGCACCUGGGCAUCAGCAGUUCCCAAGGUCUGUCAUCCUCUUUGCACAGCUCUCUGAGUAACCCAUCCAUACAAGCUUCACUCAGCAAUUCCAUGGUGCCCUCCCCUUUAAGCAACCACUCCCUCAGCAAUCCCCCCAUCCAGUCCUCUCUACGGUCAUCACUAAGCAACCCAUCCAUCCCAACCACAUUGAACAGCUCCCCCCGCCGACGGCAGACACCAGUCAGUCCACUGACCCUCUCACCUGGGAUGGAGUCUCGAAGGUCUCUGAGCAAGCAGUUUUCACCAACAAUGUCACCGACGCUGUCUUCAAUUGCACAAGGAGUUGCCUUGGAUACCAGUAAUAUGACAAUGGAACAUCUGCCACCUUAUCCACUCUAUCAGCACCUCCAGCAGCCCCAGCAGCCAGUCCAACAAUCCCAGCAGCUGAUGCCUCAGUCCCAGCAACCACAGCGACAGUCGCCAAUCUCUCCUGUUCAUCAGCUCCCUCAGCCAUUGCCACUCGAGCUGCACUCUCCCAGUAAUGACACGGUGGAUAAUCUCUUCAGUGAUCCAUACUUUGAGCAGCAGUUGUUGGCCAGUCAGUCCAAGCCUCUGUCCCAGCAGGUAUGGAAGUUUGCCAUCAGCAGACCUAUGGAGAUCCACAGCUGUCUAGGGAUAUCAGAGUAUGAUCGGGUUAUGCUGAACCAGUUCAACGUGUUGGAACGUCCGUCCAGCUGCCUGCCAAUGAGCAGCAGCAGCCUCUACAACCUGGGUUCCAGCCUUCACUUCUCCCAGGCCGCUGUGGUGGGCUUGAGCGGGAGUCACGGGAACCUCCAGGAACAGUCACCGCAGCUGAAACCAAAUCUGCUGUACUCCACCUGCACCGGGAACAUCCCCAACAUCAUCCUAACAGGGGACUCUCCGCCAAGCUUGUCCAAGGACAUCAGCAGUGCUCUCGCUGGUGUCCCAGACACGAACUUCGACACCGAUAACCAGUUCCAACUGGAUGACGAGCUCAAGAUCGAACCACUUAGCCUGGAUGGACUGAGCAUGCUCAGUGACCCAGAUCUCGUUCUGGCUGACCCCUCGAUUGAAGACACGUUCAGGACAGACAGAGUCUAAUCAGUGCAACUUAUUUCUGGCAGGAUGGGGUGAGAAUAUUUCUGGACACUAAAGAGUGAAGAAUAACAUUACAGAAUGGCACAUUUGGAGCUCGACAAUUUUUUUAAUCAUUAAAGCACUAGCCAUUGCUUCCGUUCUGGUUUUUAACUAUGUGCAUUUAUACAUCUGUUUAGCUGGGUUAAGGUUGAUAUACUUUUCUGUUUAAGCCGGUUGUUGUCAGGAAGAAGCCCAGCCCCAGCACAUCAACACCAGAAAAUCUGUGUUGUAUAAAGCAUUUGUCUAAAGUUACGUCAUUCUAAACCACUAAUGGAAAUCUGUAGAAUUCAUUGCUGGACGUGGCUCUGAAAGUGUGUGCCAACCCACACCAUCCCUGCACUGUAUCGUGCGCUGGGCUCAGCUGGGACGGCAGAUGGGUCGCUACCGUCUGCCACAGAGUCCAUGGGGAGGAGAGAAAGCGGACAGUGUCCUGGGCUAAAAGCUUCUUCAUAACGUGAGGACACUUUAACUCAGGAACACAACAGCCCAUCCUGAUCAAAUGUCUUUUCAAUAUUCACCACAGUCUCGCUCACAAAGAGCGCAGAGGCCAUCCUGACACCGACGGCCCUGGAAUCCGCAAGGGUCCAGACCCUCACUGACAGCCUGGAAGUUGGCUUCAUUUUCAAAAUGGGGACUCUCUACUUUCAUUGAUGAAAGGCUAUCAAUUGAAAUAAUGUAGGACCAGAAGGAGAGUCACUGGACACUGGGGCCAGAGAGAGUGACCACUGGACAUUAGGGCCAGGGAGAGUGGACACUGGGACCAGAGAGGGCAGUCACCAGCCCAGACUUGGAGGUAGUGGGGCACACCGGGACCAGAGCCUGUCACAUCUAUAUUGAGGUCUGGAGGGCCGUCGCUGGACACUGGGGCCAGCGGGCUGUCACAGGACACUGGUUCUUUCACAGCAACCCUGAGAAAGUUGCAGUUUUAUUCUCCCAAACAAACACCUACAGAUUACAAUAGUAACGAGUUCCCACUGUUAUUUUGAAUUAUGAAAUGGAAGAAUAUUAAAUAAUAUCAUUGGGAGUAACUGCAGUCCCUCUGACAAGUGGGUGCAGUGGGGACUGACUCCCUUUUACAAUUUGUAUAAAAUUUAUAUCUCUUAAUUAGCAAGGCAAUUUCUCAAUUGUAUAGGGAGGAAUUUAAGUAAAAUAUCAGCAUUACUGAUAUCAAGAUUGUGGAAAACUAUAUUUUUAAAUCACUCUACUGUACAGGUUAACGGAGUCUGAAUGCCUUAAUAGCUGCUUCCACUUUGUUUGGGAAAAGUUGAGUUUUGCAUGUUGGCAGCAGCUGGAAGUGUGAUGAGAAAAUGUAUAAACAUGUUGAACCUUCCCCACAGACCUUGAACGUCAGUUUGCCGUCUUGGCUCAGUGUUUGAGAUGUGCCAACACGAUCUACAAAGUGCAGCAGCACAGUGCUGAACACAUCCCUUCGAUUGGAGUAGUGAAUAAUUAUUUUUUUAAAUAAGUGUAGACUCUGUGUUGUUACGUGCAUUGUGUCCCGAGUCAAACCUUGGCCCAACGUGGAGCUUGAGAGCGAUGUCUUUCUAACACAGAGGCACUGAGCUCUUUCUGGAGCCAGCUGCUGGCACCACUUAUUUACCUUCUGUAAGAUAGGCUUAUUAUGAACUUGCUUCGAAUGUAUUUUGCCUUGGCAAUCCUUGGAGCUUGUCUCUCGCAAACUGUUAUUUUGAGAAUGUUGGUGGGAUGGAUUGUUCACUGAUGUGCCACUUUUCAGCUCCACACUCAUGCUUGGUUAGGUUGUAUUUUCAGAAGCACUGGCAGUGCAUGCGCUUGUGUAGUCACUCUCUGCUCUGCCACAACUUGGCUUCAGGGAAAAUCCAGACAAGCUCCGGCUCUGAAUUUCUCAGUCUGCUGGCCUGAAAACUGACCCCUUUGUUCAAAAAAUCACUGGGUCUUUCUUAAACUAGAAUCAAUAUUUCCAUCCAGUGCUUUUCAAACUGAGAGGCAGCUGUAUCCUCCUCCAGCAGAAUACCAACCAUCAUCUUGCUCUUAACCAAUUGCAUUUAGUUUUCCUCCAAAGCUCAGAAGUUCCCAGUUCACCAACGAAUGAUCAAAGCCAUUCUUUCCCACUCUGGAACCCGUCUCUCUCUCAACCCCCACUCACCCUCCCCCUCUCCUCUCACUCUCUCACACACUCACUCUUUCUCUCUUACUCACUCCUCUCUCUCUCUCCUCUCUCUCUCACGCACACACACACUCACACACACACACACGCACGCACACACACACACACACGCACGCACACUCACACACA